AUGCAGCACCUAGGACGUGGUGGUGGGUUGGAAAACGUAACAGAUGACCUUAAGCUGCUUGAUGUUGAAGUUGACUGUAAGGAGUAUACCGCCUCAGAGAAGCGGGAGUUGAAUGGUUAUGGUAAGAGUAGCGAUGAUGGACCAAAGCGAAAGAAGAGGUCUCCUUUAGCGUGCUUACGAUGUCGAAGGCGGCACGUCAAGUGCCCAGGAGGUAAUCCUUGCGAGAAGUGUCUAUUAGCACGAGCAACAUGUGAAUAUAUGGAGCCAAGCAAGAAGCUAAUUAUUUCUAUGAAAUACCUGCAGAAGCUCCAGGACGAUCUUGUGAAGAUAAAGAAUGAGAAUGCAAGCUUACAGGCGCAGCUGCGCGAUCGGCCAUGCAAAUGUGAAGGAACUAGGUCUACCAUGGAGCUGUUAAGCCAGCGAACCUUACCGACAAAUUCAAGCGAGAGAGAUAACAUUACAUUCCAAAAGAAUUCAGUGACAGUCGAUGAAGAAGAUGAGAUUGUUCCCAAUUUCACUGAAAGGAGGGGUAGGCUUGUGGAGUCCAGAACCGGUCAGCGAUUCUUUGUAGGUUCUUCAUCCAUGACUCUUUUCGGAAUGGAGAUUCAGUCACUUAUCCCUGCUUCCUUAAAACGGAGAUCGAAACAGAUAGCCAGUCCUAGUAUGGACCCGCCAACGGUGGGCACUGCAGAUAUGAACGCCGUAACAACAGUAUGGCAAGGCGAUAUGAUAGAUGAAGUUCUACAAGAGGAGGGCAAUGCGUAUAAGAUUGUUCUUGGAGGUAAUGAUCCAAACAGAGACCCUAGCGUCAACUUCACACUACCUUCAUAUUCCUAUGCUAUGCGCCUUGUAGAUAUCUUCAUUGAGUAUAACGAUGGCUGUUUCUACUUUUUUAACGAGGGCAUUGUUAAGGAACACCUGCAUCGUACGUACGAAGGAACUUUUAAUCCGGGCGAUGACACCCUUCAAACAAUAUGGCUCUGUAAGUUAUUAUUAAUUUUUGCGACGGGGGAAAUGUAUCAAGGAACAGCCUACAAGCCCGAUUGUAACAAUAAGGAUGAUAGCAGUGACCCUAAUGGGGAUUACAAUAAUAAAAUCGGACCACCUGGAUCUGGAUUUUUUGAGCAAGCAUCGAGGUUAUUCAGCUUUUUGUUUUCAGGCGGCAAAAUUGAAAAUGUGACUAAGGAUGGUGGCAUAGAACUGAUGUUAUUAUAUGCAUUUUAUCUUCAAGUGGCAGACUGUACCGCGGCUUCUUAUUUUUAUUUUGGUCAAACAAUACGAGCAUGUCUCAUUUUGGGCUGGCAUGUGGAUGCAGAGCGCGAUGUCCUUACACGUUUUCAAUUAGAGCACCGAAGGAGGAUAUGGUGGACUGUUUAUAUGUUCGAACGGAUGCUAAGUAGUAAGGCCGGUUUACCUUUAAGUUUUUCAGAUAAUACAAUCUCAGCUGAACUGCCGGAUGACUUUGACAUGACCAAUCCUCCUAAAGGCUGUGAGCACUACAUAUUUCCAGAGGCAGAGUAUAUUACUAACUGUGUUAGAAUCACCCAACUUAACGCCCAAAUUCUUUCUAAACUUUAUCAAAGGCAACCUGAUUCGAAUAUUCUACCGAUGUUGAAAGAAAUUGUGCUUCAGUUACUGCAGUGGAGAACAAGCCUAUCAGAUUUCUUGCAGGUCGAUUUUCAUCAGCCAGAAUUACACAUAUCAAGAUUAUGCACAAAUAUAUUCACUGAGUACUUCCAGGGCCUGAACUUGGCAAUUAGACCUCUAUUAUUUCAUUUUGUUUCGAAACAGUUGGCAAUUGUUGAAAAGUCUAACUCUUACAUUAACCUAUCUGACUAUUCGAAAACAAUAUCCUCGCUAUUAAAUUGCUCAUUAGAAGCCUCGAUUAACUCAAUACGAUCUUUGUAUUAUUUGUUUUCGCAAAACAUGGUUGCGCUUUUUGGAUACAUGGACAGAGAGUAUUUGUUUACUUCCGCAUGUACGUUGGUAUUAUUCAAUGCUGCAUUUGGUAUCCAUGAGCAAACGUAUCAACAUAUUGAUCACGCAUUGAAGAUAUUUACCAAAAUGAGAGCAUUAGGUAAUAAUCCAGCAGGCCUCCGAAUGGCCCAGUUAUUAACGCUCAUGAGCGAACUCGAUUUCCACGGUGUUAUGAAUGAUUUGAUUGCGAAACAUAAUGAACUUGUUGACAUACCUAUUAAUAUUAUGGGUAAUAUACCGGAACUUCAACAGCCAACAAGCAGUCAUUCGUUUAAUACCAGGUCUCAGGAUGCUGAUGAAGCAGAAGUGGCGCCGGACUUUAGUGAACUUUCAAAGACCGAAGCGAGGACCAUCGAGCGGAAUGUUACUAGACUGGAUUUGCAAAGGUUGGAUACACAUACCGAUGGUCUUCAGGAGCUAUUAGAUAAUCCUGAUGAGUUAGGGAAGAGCGAUGAUCAGUUGUGGAAAGAAAUCACAGAUCAAGCCAUGUGGUUAGGAAAUACUAUGGACCCGACCCAUGGUCUGGGGAAUGAGUCGGACUUUUACAAGUCUCACCCAUUGGUCUAA